GGGUGAGAUUGGAGUAGUCGUUGGGUUGGACUAUAGAAUCCGAAGUGCUAUAAUACCAAGCCACUCUUAACUGUAAACACGCACAUUCAGAGAGAAAAUGUCGAAGAAAGUUGCAGUCGUGACCGGUGGCAAUAAAGGCAUUGGAUUUGCAAUUGUGAAAGAGCUCUGCAAGGCGAAGUUUCCCGGGGACAUAAUCCUUACUGCCCGAAAUGAGAAACUUGGGAAAGAGGCCGUGGAAUUGCUUAAAUCCGAGGGAUUUAAGGCAACUUUCCAACAUCUGGACAUCUGUGAUCAAGGAAGUGCUGUGAAACUUCGUGACUUUCUGCAGAACAUUUAUGGAGGAUUGGAUGUGCUGGUCAACAACGCGGGGAUUGCUUUUAAAAAUGACGCAACGGAACCGUUUGGGGAGCAGGCUGAAGUUACAAUGCGGACCAACUUUUGGGGCACGUUGUGGGUUUCCCACGCCCUUCUUCCCAUCCUCAGACCCAACGCGAGGGUGGUCAACAUAUCCAGCUUCGUCAGCAAGCGGGCCCUUGAUCAAUGUAGCCCUCAACUUCAAGCCAAGUUUAGAGACCCGAAGUUGUCUGAGGAGGAGCUGUGCGGUCUGAUGGGCGAGUUUGUAACGGCAGCUCAGAAGGGUAGCCAUAAAGCGGAAGGGUGGCCGAACACCGCUUAUGGCACCACGAAGAUCGGAGUGACUGUGCUGUCGAUGAUCCAGGCACACGAGCUAACCAAGACGAGGGCUGGAGAUGGAGUCCUUCUCAACGCCUGCUGCCCAGGGUGGGUCCGCACUGACAUGGCUGGUGACAAGGCCCCCAAGAGCCCAGAGGAGGGGGCCCAGACCCCCACCUACCUUGCCCUGCUCCCAGUGGGGACCGAGGAACCCCACGGGCAUCUGGUGUGGGACAAGGUCGUCCAGGAGUGGUAGGGGCGUACACGGCAGAGAAUAAUUUGAAUCGUGAUCCUUAUUGAUUAAUUUUGUGGAUGUCACACAUCCAACGCCAUCCAUUGAUUCCAUCGUUGAUAUGCUUUUUUUGUAUCAGGGUAGAUGCACACACAGCCCAGCCUGUUAAUUUUACAUUGUUCAUAUUUACCUACCAGGUACCACAGUAGCCUACUGUGGUAGGCUAAAUGACUAAAUGUAAAUGACUAAAUGUAAAUGUAGCCUACAGUAGAGUGUUAGAGAAAACAUUGGCCUUGUGGUUUCAUUCCUUCAUGACUUCUAUCUCAGGAUGGUGACGUUCCAAAAAGCCUUUUUAAUUGUCCUCUGAAUGUGUUGAUGUACCAUGUUUUGAUGUUUUUGAAGACAUUCCACAAUACACUGCUUUUUAAGGUG